GUGACGCCCUAACUAAACCCUACUUUACUACUAGUCGUCGAUCUCCUCGCGACUUUGCCCGCCGCCGCCGCCGCCGCUCUCCAUCCCGCGAGAAGCUCGUCGCCGGCGUCCCGCUGCAUCCAUCCUCUCCGGCGAUGGCGAUUACUUUGUCCAAUGUCAACUCUGAGGCAGGCCUCCAGAAGCUUGAUGAGUACCUCCUUACUCGCAGCUACAUCAGUGGGUACCAGGCUUCAAAGGAUGACAUGACUGUUUUCACCUCACUUCCUUCUGCUCCCGCAGCAAGCUAUGUCAAUGUCACAAGGUGGUAUGAUCACAUCAGUGCUCUCCUAAGAUCCAGUGGAGUUACCGCAGAGGGUGAAGGUGUGAAGGUUGAGUCAACUGCUUGUUCUGUGUCUCCAACUGCUGACCAAAAGGCACCAGCAGCUGAUGAAGAAGAUGAUGACGAUGUUGAUCUGUUUGGUGAGGAGACUGAAGAGGAGAAGAAAGCAGCAGAAGAACGGGCCGCAGCUGUCAAGGCUUCUGGAAAGAAGAAAGAAUCUGGGAAAUCAUCGGUUCUGCUAGAUGUAAAGCCAUGGGAUGACGAAACAGACAUGGCAAAGCUUGAGGAAGCUGUGAGGAAUGUGAAGAUGGAGGGCCUGCUCUGGGGUGCAUCCAAACUUGUACCAGUUGGAUAUGGCAUCAAGAAGUUGCAAAUUAUGAUGACCAUUGUGGACGAUCUUGUUUCUGUGGACAGUCUCAUUGAGGAUUAUUUUUACACGGAACCAGCUAAUGAGUUUAUUCAGAGUUGUGACAUUGUUGCUUUCAACAAAAUCUAAAAUGGAGUCUUGUCAGAGGCAGCCUUACUAAAAGAGGAAUGCUAUAUGCUCAUCAUCAGAAUUUCCCAAUGGUUUAUGUUUCGUCUAUGGACCUUGAGUGUACUGCGAACCAGCGUUUGGUAUUAUCAUGAGAUUUAAAUCUUGGUUGGACUUGUUUUGGCCAGUUGCCCCCUGUUGGUUUGUACCUAUUGAUUUUGGAGGUCUUUGUCACAUGCCCGUUCAGUCGUUCUACACAAGUAGUUGCCCUUUGCAUGAUCUGGUAUAACAGCUGCACAACUGUUCUCGGCUGAUGUACGAUAAUAUUGUCUAUAUCGUACCUGGUACACCGAAAUAGUGGGAUAUUUAACUAUUUUCUACUUUCAAGGUGUGGCAUUUAAAAAAUUGUUACUCAGUUUAUGACAUGUGGGUAUUCGUACGGCUAUGAUUUAUGGGUUCAGUAACAAAUCGUUAAAUGUCACAUCAAUGAGUGGAAAAUAGUUAAAUAUCUCUGAAAUAGCGGGGGCAGGCGCAAAGGGUGUCUACUCAAGGAGCAAAAUGCAGCUGCACCCAAAGAAAAGUGAGAACUAGUUUCUGAGAAAUCUAUAGCUAUAGCUUCUCAAUUUGAAUAAAAAGUUUUACUGAUUGGAGAAA